UAUGGACAGGAUUAGAGAUUAUAGAACAGCUAAAGUUGAGGAAAAAGUGAAAGAGAUAAAAGUCAAGACUGAGAUGGCAUGGACAAAAAAUGUUGACAAAGGGAAACCAGGAAAAAAUGUAACAUGGAUGGAGUACAGGGGGGCAUGGCAAUUGUUGGAGAAAUAUUACAGGAAGACCACAGCGAGACGGCGGCAGAUGAUCGGUUGUAACAGAUUAAGUCAAAAACAAAUAUGACUUAAGAUUUUAACAUGGUUCAGACGUAAACAGGUGCAGUUCACAUCAAAUAAAGAUGGAGCACAGCUGGGUGGAGUAUUGCGCAUGCGCAAUUUAUUUCACCCAUUCGCUGUCUCCCUGUCUCUGUCCUCCUUUUAAUCAUUAAAAUCCGGGCAAAAGACUUCUACGUCACCGAUAUAACUCACAUUAUCGUUUCUUCUAUAUUUACCCGUUUCUUCUCUGUGUGUAGAAUUAAUUUCCUGCCGCGAAAAGUACCCUGCACCGUUAUUUUGGCUGAAAUCGAGAAUAAACGAGCAUCCGUCCGUUGAGUGGGGGAGAGCUAGACUUUUAGCAUUAGCCGCGGCGUAGUUAAAGGGAGGAUCCUCAAAAUGUCUGGUUAUCAAGGAAAAAAGAACAUCCCCAAAAUCACUAGUGAUCGACUCCUCGUUAAAGGAGCUAAGAUCGUGAAUGAUGAUCAGUCGUUUAUGGCUGACAUCUACAUUGAAGAUGGUGUCAUCAAGCAAAUUGGAGACAACCUGAUUGUUCCUGGUGGGGUGAAGAUCAUUGAGGCCAAUGGGAAAAUGGUAAUGCCUGGUGGCAUUGAUGUCCACACCAGGUUUCAGAUGCCUGAUCGAGGGAUGGUGGCAGCAGAUGAUUUUUACCAGGGAACACGAGCAGCUUUAGCUGGAGGAACCACCAUGAUCAUUGACCAUGUGGUACCAGAGCCGGGCACCAGCCUGGUCUCUGCUUUUAAUCUGUGGAGGGAGUGGGCUGAUGGGAAGUCCUGCUGUGACUACUCUUUGCACGUUGACAUUACUGAGUGGAACAAGGGGACUCAAGAGGACAUGGAGACUCUGGUGAUGGAUCACGGUGUCAACUCUUUCCUGAUUUAUUUGGCUUAUAAGGAUGUUUUCCAACUUUCUGACUCACAGAUCUACGAAGUGUUUAGUGUGAUCAGGGAUCUAGGAGCCAUCGCCCAGGUUCAUGCUGAGAAUGGAGACAUCAUUGCAGAGGAGCAGAAACAUAUUCUGGGGCUCGGCAUCACUGGACCUGAAGGACAUGUUCUGAGCCGUCCGGAGGAGGUGGAGGCUGAAGCUGUCAAUCGCUCUGUGACUAUUGCAAAUCAGACCAACUGUCCUCUCUACAUCACUAAGGUGAUGAGUAAGAGUGCCGCCGAUGUCAUCGCUCUCGCCAGGAAAAAAGGUGCUGUGGUUUAUGGAGAGCCAAUAACUGCCAGUCUGGGCACAGAUGGGACCCAUUACUGGAGCAAGAACUGGGCCAAAGCAGCAGCUUUUGUCACUUCUCCACCACUUAGUCCUGAUUCCACAACUCCUGAUUACCUCAACUCCCUGUUGUCCUGUGGAGACUUGCAAGUAACAGGCAGUGCUCACUGUACUUUCCAAACUUCCCAGCGUGCUAUAGGAAAAGACAACUUCAACCUUAUCCCUGAGGGCACCAACGGCACUGAGGAGAGGAUGUCCAUAGUCUGGGACAAAUGUGUGGUGACUGGAAAAAUGGAUGAGAACCAGUUUGUGGCAGUGACCAGCACCAACGCAGCCAAGAUCUUAAACCUUUACCCACGUAAAGGCCGCAUCGCUGUCGGCUCUGACGCGGACCUGGUGUUGUGGGACCCGGACGUCACUAAGAUCAUUUCAGCCAAGACCCAUAACCUGGCAGUGGAGAUUAACAUUUUUGAGGGCACAGAAGUGCGUGGAGCUCCAUCUGUGGUUAUCAGUCAGGGUAAAAUUGUUUUCGAGGAUGGCAUUCUCCACACCAGUGAGGGUGGGGGUCGUUACAUCAGCCGCAAACCUUUUCCAGACCACGUUUACAAGAGGAUCAGGGCUCGCAGCAGGCUCACAGAGCUGCAAGGAGUUCCCCGGGGUCAGUAUGACGGGCCGGUGUGUGAGGUCACGGUGACUCCUAAGAUGAUGUCCACUGUGUCCUCGGUGAAGACGUCUCCUGCGAAGACCCAGCAGCAGCAGCAGCAAAUUACUUCUCAGCCUGUUCGCAACCUCCACCAGUCUGGUUUCAGUCUUUCUGGAGCUCAAAUUGAUGACAAUGUCCCUCGACGCAACACCCAACGCAUUGUGGCUCCCCCUGGUGGAAAAGCCAACAUCACCAGCCUGGGAUAAAUUCAUGGAAACGUGGAGCAGCAGUCACAUGACAUCCGUUUAUCUGUGACACUGCCUGUGAUGUGUCCAGAUUCACCUCAUCUAUGUAUGCACCAUCACUUUAGCAUCUCAUUGAAAAAAAAACAAACAAGGUGAAGGCACCAUUCCAUCCAGUUUUCUUAAAUUCUUCACUGUUUCACACACACUUUUUCUUUGCUGUUUAUACACUUUUUGAUUGCGUUUAGUUUGAUAUUAUGUAUAUUUUGCUAUACAAGAUCUUUAGAUAAUGCUUGCAGCAGUUUGAGUUCACACUGACUGCACAUAUUAGAAAGAAAAUGGAAACCUUUCCUUUAAGUAAGUCCAAAGCUCUAGCUCACAGAAUUCCACAGAUAACAUACAGUGGUAUGAAAAAGUAUCUGAACCUUUUGGAAUUUGUCACAUUUCUGCAUAAAAUCACCAUCAAAUGUGAUCUGAUCUUUGUCAAAAUCACACAGAUGAAAAAACAGUGUCUGCUUUAACUAAAACCACCCAAACAUUUAUAGGUUUUCAUAUUUUAAUGAGGAUAGCAUGCAAACAAUGACAGAAGGGGGAGGAAUAAGUAAAUGAACCAUCACAUUUAAUAUUUUGUGCCCCCCCCCUUUGGCAGCAAUAACUUCAACCAGACGCUUCCUGUAGCUGCAGAUCAGUCUGGCACAUCGAUCAGGACUAAUCUUGGCCCAUUCUUCUUUACAAAACUGCUGUAGUUCAGUCAGAUUCCUGGGAUGUUUGGCAUGAAUCGCUGUCUUGAGGUCAUGCCACAGCAUCUCAAUGGGGUUCAAGUCUGGACUUUGACUUGGCCACUCCAGAACGUGUAUUUUGUUCUUCUGAAACCAUUCUGAAGUUGAUUUACUUCUGUGUUUUGGAUCAUUGUCUUGUUGCAGCAUCCAUCCUCUUUUUAGCUUCAGCUGUCUGACAGACGGCCUCCGGUUUUCCUGCAAAACAUCCUGAUAAACUUUUGAAUUCAUUUUUCCAUUAAUGAUUGCAAGUUGUCCAGGCCCUGAGGCAGCAAAACAGCCCCAAACCAUGAUGCACCCUCCACCAUGCUUCACGGUGGGGAUGAGGUGUUUAUGUUGGUGUUAUGUUGG